GUCGCUGCCAAACAUGGCGGACCAAAACAAGACAGACACCGAAGCGAAGUUCUUCAGUGAAAUAUUAAGUCCAUCUGAGCUGUUUGCAGCCCGGUCCAGGAGAGCGGGGCAGCAGAAGAAGCAAAAUUAUUUAUAUGUACUGCAAAAGACCUGUUUGAGAAAUAUGAGGAAAACCAAUUGAGAACCGAACCCCGCAGGCCGACAGUGUGUUGAAGUCGGGAAAUGAGGAUGGAAUGAUCCACGGUGGCAAAGGCGGCGGAUAGAUCUAGCAGCACCAAGACAACAGAACUUUUGUUGUCCAGAGCUGCCAGGAUGUCAUUGUGGACCCUCAGCAAUGCAGACUUGGUGCUAUGUCUCGACCUGAAACCUGAUUGAAAUUUGUCUGCAAAACAAUUAACACAGAGGUGAGCCUGAAGCUGUGAAAGAACAAGCUUCUCCAUCAGUUUGGAUAAAAAAGGCAGAUGAGAGAUAGGACGGAAAUUAGAGAAAAGAGACGGAUCGAGGUUGGGUUUUUUUAGCAGUGGUUUAACAAUUGCGUGUUUGAGAGCUGCUGGUACAGUGCCCAAACUAAGGCAGCUGUUUAUGAAGGAAACGAGGCAUGGGCCUAGGAUGUCAAUGGCAUCCUUCAUAAACAGAGCAGGGACAGCAUCUAGUGCACAGGUGGUAGAUUUCAGCUCCUGGACAGAUUUUUUGAGGUCCACAAGAGUGACAGGAUCAAAAUUCUCAAACACACAUUGUGUAACUGGGGUGGAUGAAAUAUCUAUCGGAGCAUGAGUGAUAGCUUGCCUAAUAGACAGAACUUUGUCCAAAAAGUAUUGCUUGAAAGCAUUGCAGGUUUGCACAGAAGCAUCAUUCAAAACAACAGACCCAGGAUUAAUCACUGAGUUAAUGGUUUUGAACAGCACUCCAGGGCGGUGACUAUUGUUGCUGAUGAGGUUGGAAAGGUAUUGCCCUUUAGCAUCCCUCACCGCUCUCUGAAAAGUGACAAUGCUGUCUUUAAAAAUGUCCAGUGACACCUGUAACCUGUCCUUUUUCCAUUUUUGCUCUGCGUGUCUACACUGAUGCUUGAGGGCUCGAGUUGUAUCAUUAAGCCAGGGGACAGAAGCAGUUUUAAUAAACAGGGUUUUAAAAGGUGCUACAGAAUCCAGGAUCUGGAAGCAGGUGGAGUGGAAGGCAGAAAGGAAACGGUCUGGGCAUAAGGGAGAUGUCAGUUCAGGAGCAGAGCAAAGAUCAGAUGCCGAAAAGGUGGCUGAAAAAUCCCUGACUGACGAGGAGGUAAAGGCGCGGCGAUGUUGGGGGGCAGUAGGUGUGGGGGCAGGGGGAGCAGUGCAGAUGUCAAACUGUAUCAAACAGUGAUGGGAAGAGCUGACAACUCAAAGUUAGACACUGUGACCCCCCGAGAAAUUAUUGGGUCUAAUGUAUGUCCUAACUUAUGAGUGGGACCUGAGACAGACUGUGUGAGAUCCAGAGAAUCUAAGAGCGAUUUAAAGUUAUUAGCCAACUGAUCUGAAGGGCAGCACACGUGGAUGUUAAAGUCCCCACAGAUUAAAAUGUUGUCAAACAUUUUGCUAGAAACUCUGAGAACUCACUCAAGAAAUCCUUUUUCAGUUUUGGAGGCCGAUAGAUGACAGCACAGAGAAUGGGACAGGGCAGAGUCAGUACAAAAACUUGGAGUUCAAAACUGGAGAACCCCCUGGUGGACAGUUGGCGGCAUUUCAGGGACUGCUUCUAUGUGGUGGCGAUCCCUCCAGCCUUGCCCGUUUGCCUCGGGGAGUUUAGGAACAGGUAGCCAGAGGGGAGGAGCUCCGAGAACAGACUGACGUCACCUGGUGGCAGCCACAUUUCCACGAGGAAAAGGAAAUCCAGAUUGCCGGAGGAGAUGAUGUCGUUGAAGACAAACAUCUUCUUGUUGAUCGAUCUGGUGUUGCAAAAUCCCAUGGGGAGCGUGGACGAGGCGGCAGGCAGUGUUGUCACACAAGUUAUCGGGCGGAGGUGUUCCAGGACGCGACCGCGCGAAGAUUUUUCCAUCCAGCGCCAACUCGGGGAUGAGAAGCCGGUGUCCGGGCCAACAGGACGAAGCCAGCGGUAGCAUUCCCGGGCUCCACUGGAGACGUCGCAGGAUAAAAGCUUCAGACGAGUGGAGGAUUUGUUUCAAUGUUUACCAGCCGGACACGGUGGCCGACUUCAAGAAGCGUGACCCGGGGAAAUCUUACUCCCGCAUGUGUGUGUGCAGAAUGUCAGAAAGUGCAGAGAAAAGCUCGUCACAACUCUCCAGAACCCAACGUGAUGAUCAAAAGCGUUUCGACGGCCCUGUGCCCGACCUGCGAGCCCUCAAGCUGCUGGCCUUCCAGAGCGGAGACGUCCCGGUGGUCUUUGCUGUGGUGGACCACGGGGACAUCUCCUUCUACACCUUCAAAGACUUCCACCUGCCCAAGGAUGUGUACCCCUAAGGACCCCCGCUGCUCUGUAACAUCACUGUACCAACACGUAUCCUGGACUUUAAAAUGACUCUGCAUCUGUCGGGUCGGCUGGACUUCCAGGGAUAAACAAAUAAAACCAGUCCUUGAUGUUACAGAUGAGAAGAAAAUGAGUCUGGCCUGUUAUUUACAAUGGGGGGGGGGGGUAGUUUUAGUGCCACAGCUGGAAACCUUUAAAUUCUACACUCCGUGCCUGCAGCGUUCUACAGCGUUAACUAUCAAAGGUACAUACAAGAAUCAACAUGAAAGAGUAAAAGUAUUCAGAGACAUGAGUAGUGAUUGAAUUCAAUGUCUACCCACAACUGCUCUCCUCUUCGAUAAUGUCUAUUUAAAGUUCACAAGACGACAAGGUGGCUUGAACAAUACAUAUCAUCAUUAUUUUUAUAGGCUAUUCAAUUUGUGUGCACUGUUCACUGUUAUUUGUUAGCAUUUGUUGCAACUGCAGAACGAUAAACACAAAACUGAAAUAAAAAAUUUCUGGACAACA